ACCACCGUUCACAUCAGUUCACCACAGUUCAAUAUCAGUUGUCAAAACAAAAAUCAUUAAAUCGAGCAAUGUGUGAUUUAUUCUCUCCUAAAAUUCACGUAAAUUUGCGCAAAACUGACUCAAUUUAGCCGAAGUCUUGAAUUAUCACAACUCGAACAGAAAUGUGGAAAUUGGUAACUUCCUAAUCAUAACCUCAAAUAAUGAACCUGAAUGACAUCUAUCAUGAGAAGCAAGUGAGGGAAUUAUGUGCUUUGCACGCUUUAAACAACCUCUUUCAAUCGAAAGAUGCAUUUACGAAGCCGGAGCUCGACGUAAUUUGCCAUUCGUUGUCCCCUGACAAUUGGAUAAACCCCCACAAGUCCGUGCUGGGGCUGGGGAACUACGACAUUAACGUCAUAAUGAAGGCGUUGCAAUCGCGGGGCUAUGAAACGAUUUGGUUCGAUAAACGAAAAGACCCGAGUUGUUUGAAUUUUAAGAAUAUCUGUGGGUACAUUUUGAACGUCCCCAGCGAGUAUAAAAUCAGUUUUAUCACACUGCCCCUACGCAGGAGGCACUGGAUCACAAUCAGGCAACUGAACGGAUUGUUUUAUAAUUUAGAUUCGAAAUUAGAGUCGCCCCAAAUAAUUGGGAGGGAGUCUGACCUCUUGAAUUAUUUAAAAGAAGAGCUGGAUUGUAGGGAUAAGGAAUUAUUUUUAGUCGUUACGAAUGACGUGGGGAAGGAGCAGAGCUGGUUGAAGAAUCAAGCGAGUUACAGCAACAAUCUCCAGGAGAGGGAGGCCGAAAUAGUGCAGUUGAGGGACAUUACAAGUGAUGAUGUUAACGUUACAAUCAAUCCCUUGUGUAAUAGUAGAUCAGAUUGGUCUUAAUUACCGAUAUGUGUUCAGGGGCUUAAUGUGUGUUUUCUAAUAAAUCAUAAUACAUGCUUUUUGUGGAA